AUGGCGAUAAAUGUUGACUAUUAUUUGAAUCGGAUACGUUCCACUGUAACUUCAGUAGCAGCGCAAGUAAGCAACGCUUUACCGGGAAAUCCAGUAACGCGAGAUUAUGAAGUAUUGUCACAAGUUGGAAGUGCUGGACCGGCGUUUAGUUGGAAAGUUUAUGCUGCGCAGAAACGUUCAACUAAAAAGGCUGUUUCUGUUUGGUUAUUUGAGAAACGAAAUUUGGAAAAGUGGCCAAGAUACGAAAGAGAAUUAUUCUCGGAAAUCUUGAGAAGAGGAGUAUCACAACUCACCCGGUUAAGGCAUCCACGCAUUCUCGUUAUUGAGCAUCCACUCGAGGAAUCUCGAGACUCGUAUGCUUUCUGUACAGAACCUGUGUUCGCAUCGUUGGCCAACGCUCUAGGACAUUUAGAUAAUAUAACUCCUCAUCCGGCACAUUUAGAUGAAUUCGAACUUUUGGAUAUUGAAAUUCGAUAUGGACUUUUUCAAGUUGUUGAAGCUUUAUCAUUUUUGCAUAUUGAUGUACGAAUGAUGCAUCGAAAUAUAUCUCCCGAAAGUGUGAUAAUUAAUGAGAAAGGUGAAUGGAAACUAGCAGGUUUCGAUUUUGCAGUGCAAAGUACGCAAGGUACCAAUAAUCAGGUGAUAUAUGAAAUGCUGGAAUGGAAUCAGCGAACGAUGUCCGUUGUCCAACCACUGUUAGAUUAUCUGGCUCCAGAAUAUGUGAUUGGUGGUCGAUGUGACCCAUAUGCUGAUAUAUUUUCGUUUGGAAUUAUGGUGUUAACAAUUUUCAGUGGAGGAAAGCAACCGUUUGAUAACAGAAAUUCGUUAGAUAAUUUUCGCAAAAAUACAGAAAAGUUAAACACGUUACCUGUGUCAAUGUUUGUAAAUGUUCCUGCUGAACUUCGUGAUGACCUGAAAAUGUGCUUGAAUCUGACGCCUGAUCUUCGACCCGAUGCAACUCAAUUUUCCAAGAUUAUCUACUUUGAUGAGCCGUUAAUUCGAACACUGAAUAGUUUGGAUUCUUUGUGCCAAAUGGACUACACGCAGAAAAUGAAUUUUUUCAAGCAAUUACCGCAGUUCUUGGUGAAAUUUCCGAAACGACCACUUAUACAAAAAAUCCUUCCUCAACUAUGUGCAGAAUUUAUUGCUACAGAAUUAAUACCGUUCAUUCUUCCUAGUAUUUUUCAUAUUGCUGGAAUAACUAGUAAUGAUGAAUUUCGGGCAGCUGUUUUGCCGCAGUUAGUCCCAAUAUUUACUAUUGAACGGCCGUACCAAAUUUCGUUAUUGUUUUUGCAAAAUAUGGAUCUAUUACUGCAAAAAACAAGUGAAGAAGAUGCUCGUAAAUAUCUGUUGCCUUUAAUUUGUAACGCUUUAUCUAGUGAGACCGUGAAAAUCCAAGAAUUGUGUCUUUCAAUCGUUCCGAAAGUUGCCACAAUGAUUGAAAAACAGUCUAUGAAAACGGAAGUUCUACCCAAGCUACUAUUGCUAAUUAUUGAUGGAGGAGGAGUGUUAACUAUACGAGUUCAAGCAUUGCUAUGCAUAGGGAAAUUGUUACCCACUCUGGAGCCAUGGAUGGUGACAGAUCAAAUAAUUCCAGCUCUGCCUAAAGUGAUUAGUCGAGAGCCAGCAAUUCUUAUGGCUAUUUUGGGAAUCUAUAAAUUAGCAUAUGAAGAGAGUCGUAUUGGUAUAACUCGGGAACAAUGUGCCAAAAGCAUUUUACCUUUUCUGAUUACUUCUUCCAUGGAGAAUACAUUGAAUAUGCCUCAGUUUGAGCAGUACAUGGCAUUAAUACAUCGCAUCCUAGACAGGAUCGAGAAGGAACAACGACAACGUCUACAACAACUAAGCGCUAGUCAAGAGGACCAACGCAGUAUUGGCGAGUUUGCUCAUGUGUUUGGAGAAUCAGCUACUCAAAAUAAGGUUUCAUUAUCCGACAGUCUAUCAGAUUUAGUUAUCGAUGGAUCAACGGAUGGGAAAUCAAAUGGUAUUAGUAAAAAUACUGGACUAUUAAGUCUUGCCGAUAAGAAACGAUUGGCGGCCGAACAAGAGCAAACCCUACGAAUGCGCAACCAACCGAACCUUUUGCAACCUGUCAGUUGUAGGGAAAACAUAAGUAAGAGCCGGUCUACAAAUUCAGAUUUUGUUACCUCACCUAUUGAUUCUGCUCUUGAGGAAGUUGGCUGCAAUUCGUUGGUCCCUUCUACUUCCAUUUCAGCACAUCAGCCCUGCAUAGAUCUCUCCGAUUUUCUUCCUGAAUCAUCUUUUCCUAAAAAGAUCAAAAAUGAUGAUGCACCGAACAAUGCGGACAGCCCUCUCUGGCCAGAUCCAUUCAGGACAGAAUCAGACAACUCAUUGACAUCAUUUAUGUUUCAACCGACGGUUAACAUAGUUAGUUUACCUGGUCCACCAGUUGUACAAAAUCCAGUGGCUAGAAACAGUUCAGGCCAACGAAUGACAGCGAAUCGAACAGGAAAUAUAUCACUGAAUGAAAUGAACCGAAAGUUAGACAUGUCUGCUUUGGAUGAUAUUGUAUGUUUUCCGACUAAACUUAAUGCCAAAAAUAAUUUAUCACUGAACUCACAAAGCACUCAUUCUAAGCAAAAUAAUCUAACAAAUAAUAUCUUUGGUGAUCUGCUAGGAUGA